UACAAAUGACAGUGUCAAAAUAUAAAUAUAUCUAAUUGUAAAUACCUAACAAUAAUUGCAAAAAAUAUGAGUAUAAAUUAUUAAAGCUACUUUUAUUUCUUUAAGUAGUAUAUUGAGUGAAUAUUUAUGUUCUAUUUCGCUGUCUUCAGAUAUUAUUAUUAUUCAAACAAUGGGCACCAAACUGUGUCUAAAUGUACUUGAUCGGACAAUAAAUUAUUUUAAAUAUUUCGUGCCUUUAAAACCGCAAUGUGCAAUAAAUAAAAUUAUUGGUUAUCAUCGACAAUUCAGCUCAUAUGAAGUAAAAAACCAUAAACUAAAGGAUAGUUCAAAGGCAGAAUUGAUUUCUAAUCUUAAUUUCAAAUCUGAUGCAGAUGCUUUACCAUUUCUUAAAUUGCCUGUGAAAACUUUAAUUCAUAUAGUCAAGACAACACAGAAUGAUGUAAAAUGUGGCUACUGCGAAAAUAGACUAUAUUAUCUUUCCUCUCAUAUAAAGGUUCCAUCACCUAUUUUAAGUGAACAAAUUGUCAGAAGAGUUUUCAUAUAUACUUUAUCAUUUGAUUGGUUAGAAAAUUCAUUAAAAGUUUUAUUAGAUAUGAAUGUAGAAGGUGACCGUAUACUAAGGGAUUUGUGGGUGCUUAAAUAUCAUCAUAAAACUAUAGAAGAGAGGCUUGUUAGGGUUAAAAAUUUUGGCAUCACAAAUUUAUACCCAUGGAUGGUGAGGUGCUCAGAAAGUAUAUUAAAUAGGUAUGUUGAAAUUUUUCAAGAAACAAAAAAUAUUUUAGGGGAAAAUAUGUCAACAAAAAUGUAUCUCGCAGAACGUCUCAAUGUUUCCUCUGAAUUAAUUGAAGAUAUGUAUGUGAAAGCACCUGCAUUAAAAACUAUCCGAGUUACAAAGUUAAAAAAAUUCCUAGACUUUUUAAUCAAAGAAGGAUUUACUGUAGAAGAUAUUGCAAUUAAAUCUAGGAUACUUGCUGCCUCACAAAGUACUGUGAAAAAAAGGUUAUCCAAGCUUCGAAGUUUAGGAAUGACUGAAAUAAAUUUAAAUGUCCUAUGUAGAAGUAGAAAGGAUUUCCAAAAAUACUGUGAAUCAAUAGACACAUCUGUGAAAAAAUGAUUAAAUUAUUUUAUUCUACUAGUAGUAUAAUAUUUGAAACUAUUUCAUAUAUGUGCCUAUAAAAUAAAUAUUGUAUAACAACUAAAACUGCUUGUUUAAAUGAAAUGUAUAAUUACAGAUAUAAGUAAUAAUGACGAACAAAAAAAAACUAUAAUUCUUACUCUAAUUAAUUGUUUUUCGAGAGAGUACUUCUAUUAGUUUAUUUAUUCCUUCGAUAAAUCCUUAUAAAAUUUAGGUAAGACCAACCUAAAAUGCGAACGAAUUUCAAAUCGUUUACACGUUUUAUUGUUUUUUUUUUAAUGACUAUAUUGUAAUUGUUUCCUUUAAAUGAUUGUUAUUUAAUUUAGAACUUAGUUUUAUCAAACGUAAACAAUUUGAUGAAAUAGAUAUGUUUUAUAAAUAUUGUUUUAGGUUAACAAUAAAUUGACAAAAAAUUGCCUUAAUAGAAAUAACAACAGAAGCAUGUAAGGUGGCAACACUAGUCAACGCGAUACAAUAGAAUUAUUAUUCCAUUUCCGCAUAUACGUAGAUACCUAUUUACCUACAAUAGCAAACGUCAAAAUGGUAUUUGCUAUUGUUAGUCAUUCAUAUUUCUUUUACGCAGAAACCAUUGUGUAUGAAUUCUAACCUCCUUUGUAGUUUUUUAUACUAUUUAAGUUCUUAAUAUAUACCAUCAUAUUACUAAAGGUUAAUCUAUAUUCUCAAAAAUAUCAGAGAUGCAAUAAAUAAUUCUAUAAUUUCUCUAACUAUUGGAUAGAUUUUUUAAAAUAUAAUAUUUGUAUUUUAUAAGUAUAUCUUUAUAUCUUUCAUUAUAAAUGACUUAUUUAAAUAAAAUAUUGCUUUCAUAAUACGUUAAUGAAUAAGAUUGCUAAAGGAAAUUUAGGUUCUAGGGCUGAUAUUUACAUGGCCUUAAAAUAUGAAAUAUCAUAUGUAUUAAAUAACUAAGUUUUCAAAGUAACAUUUCAAAUAACUCAUGAUUGAAAUAUUUAUGUAAAAUAUAGGCAUUGUUUUAUAAAUAAGCCAGGUACUAGGUAGGAACUACUUAAAAAUUUAAGAGAUCAUGAAGCAAAUAAAACAAAUUUUAUUAAAAUUAUAGUUAUUAAUCUAUGCAUUUGCACACACACACCUGUGCCAAUGGAAUGAAUAAAAUCCCUUUACUAAUAUUUUAACCAUAUCCUCAAUGUAACAAUGAUGAUAUGAUUUUAAAGUACAUGUACAUAAAAUAUAAAUAAUUAAGGCGGUUUUAUUGCAAUGAUCUAAAAUGUUACAUGAAUUUUUAUUUCAGACUAUAAAUUUGCAUGUUGAAUAUU